GCAUACGACCAGAGUUGUCUGGCUGCCUCUUCCCACCACCGAAUUCCCCCAUCGCUCAUGGUAUCAGGUAUCACCACCCGUCACCCGACUCGACUCUGAUGCAUCAACACCACCAUCCCACUCUCAAACCCCUUGCAUGCUGUCUGUGCGACGUGAUGAAAUGGCCGCAUCUCGACACCGGGUUCUCGUCGUUGACUCGUCUUGUCGUGACUAUCCCAUCCCUCCUUGUAUCGUCAAUGGCGCCAUAUCGUGCAUGGAUGUUGCGCCAAUUUCACCUGGAACCCCCAAUACCCCGGAUUUGCACCUCUGUCCCUCCUGGUUUCUCUUCAGCAUCCCGAAUCCUAAGGUUUGGCAUUGUUCUCCGCGCUCUCUUUGCAAUCAUCUGACGCUUAAAUUUCACCUCGCCCUUGCAGCCUGGACGGUAGCCUAUCGGAAAAAAUGCUGAUGGUGUGAGUGCCUCCCCCCCCCUUCAAAGUGGCCAACGUCCACUUCAACCAACGUACGGCGUUCCACUGCACAAGAUCGUGGCCUCAUUCAUAGAAGCCUCUCCGGAAGCCUGGAUCCUCCGACGGCAUUUCGGCAAUCAAGUGAUCUUGUAUUUGAGGGGCUGUGCCACACUGUCUGUCCAAUCGUCAUACGCAUCCAGUGCUGUUCUGUUGCAGGCGGAGCAUUCAUCUCGUGAAGUGGAUGUGUUUGGCAUCCUGUUUGCCAUCCAUGGCCGUCCAAGUCCUUCCCUAGCGGCAAACACAGCCGGGCAAAAAUGUCUCUCUCCAAUCAUGUUUGCUCAUCCCCAGACAUAUAAAAACAUUAACCCAGCCGCUGGGCGUCGAUGUUCGGAGAACGCGAGAAAGAUACGAUGCAACAACCCCAGAUAUACCAGAAAUGGUUGAAAUUCCCGUUAUAAUUACCCCUCCAGACUGUCACCCUCUCGCAGACAAACCAGACCAGCAAGAACAGGCUGACCAGAUCCUGGAUGAGCCUGAUUUUUCUCCCGUCGCGCACGAGGUGAACCCAAUGACUACCUCCACCACAGUCACUACAGCCAGCAUCGCCGCCAUGGUUUCAGAGGGCACUCAAACCGACCAGACCGAUCCAGUGGCCGGCCACGAGACUCCGCCUGCGAAGACGUACAGUCCAUUUUGUCCGCUGAGCCCAGCACGCUCUCGGUCCGACUCUCCUGGACCUAAACCUCACUUUCCUCCCUUCCCGCCGUGGAGGGAGCUUCGCCACCGCAUCUAUGGCCCUCAUCCAACGCACCCUGGAUAUGCGGGUAACGAGGCAACCAUCGAGGGCCAUCUCUCCCCUCCCGAAGAGCCGCCAAAGUGCCCCAUGACGCCACAGGCCGAUCUGUACCAGGGUCAGUCACCAUCCACGUUUGGGAUGCAGUUCGACCGUCCCACCAAAACAUACUGGAGAAGGUACACCAAGCCAGCAACGUGUGCUCAGAACUACGAGGACCACAAGCACCGGAUGUUAAUGGAAUGGCUGAACCGGAGGAACUCCGUGUGAGCCUCGAGACGCGUAGGAUCCUCAACCCCCACGAGGUCGAGGUCCAUGCUUCCUGAAUCCGACAAAUGGAAUGUCGGAACUUAAAUGUUGGAUGCUGCUAUGCAAGGUUCGACAGCAGUAUACUGAGCUGUUCGUUUGGAACCAUCAUGUACACAGCUGGCAGGAAGCCACCAACCAGCGACCUGUUCACGUUCUUGUUUCUUCUUCUUUUUUUCUUUUUCACCAUUGUUUUCAGGACUGGAAACAUGUUGCGGAGAGGAAUCCCUGUGAUUUUGCAUGGCGGACUUUUUGUGCCGAAUUCAUGGCAUCGAGAUUGGAAAUCAACAGCAACAUUAGCAGCGGGAUGGGCCAAAUUGUCCAGGUCGAUAAUUCUGGUUGGACGACUUUCUGCUCGGUUGGUUUUGUGCUUAAUUCUUGUCGCCGGCUGAAGUCUUUGGGUUAGUCGGCUGGAUGUAUAUUAUCUGCACUCAAGUAUCAUCAUCGUCCACAUGAUUCAUGAUGUUCAUGUAUCAAUAUAGAUCUGGCGAGCUACCUACACGCCGCCCCUCUCUCCCACCAUGGGCCAUGGCCUCGUGGCUCCGGGGUCGCCGAGUUCUACAAAGGUUCUACACAGCUCAACCACUCUCUUUGUUCGGGAGCCCCUUGUUCGAACGAACCUCCUCGCGCCAUGUCUGUCCACAUUUCCUGCAUGCCCCCGCCGAGGUUGCCAUGCACACUCACUAUAUGUCUUGAUCCUGCCGAGCCCCUUUCAGAACUACAUCACCGAGACGCCCCUUCAUCUUCUACCUGCAACCGCCCGCCCGCCAGCUGCGCCACGACCACCACCGUGUCCCUUUUUCUCUCUCAGAAAAUCGCCACGCCGUUGACCGGACUGGCCACGCCGCCGGGGACGUAGCAGGGGACGCUGGCGACGAAGAAGCUCCAGCGGCCCUGGCGGGC